AUGGCGGCCCAGCAGGACAGAGACCAGGCAUGGGCCGCUGCCGUGCUGGAAGGCACAGUGGUAACCAGAGGCCCGUGGAGGGACAGCCGGCAGCGCGCCAGGCAGGGCGGCAGCAGCGCCAGCGCUGGCGACGCCAACAAGGCUCCGCGGCGGCACAGCCAGCAGCAGCAGCAGCGGCAGCAGCAGCAGCGGCAGAUGAGCAGUGAGCAGCAGAGGCAUCCUGGCGGGCGAUGGCAGCAACACAACGCAGGCGGCACGAGCGCUGCGGCUGCUGGCGCCGCCAGCGCCGCUGCCGCCGCGGGCGGCGGCGACACCUUGCCUGCCUACAGCCAGCCGGGCCCGCGCUCCACGGCCCGGGUGGCGCACUGCCAGGCGUGCGACGUGUGGGUACACACCGCUGGCAUCCGCCACCGCCGCCAGCUGCUCAGCCUGCGGGUGCACGGCGAGCGCAACCGCCUGGUGCUGUCGGCGUUUGAGAGCCCGCCAGACUCUCCAGAGGCGGCGCAGCGGCUGGUGGGCAGGGCGGCAGCGGACUUUGGCCUGGCGCAGCCGUCCAGCGGCGCGGCGCAGCAGCAGCAGGCCGCGCCGCCGCCGUCGCCAGAGCUGCUGCAGGCGGCGCGGCGCCUGCGCACCCAGGCCCUCAAGCAGCUACUCAACAUGUUCGGCGUGGGGCAGCUGUACAGCGCUGCCGGCGCAGGGUUCGAGGAGCGCCUGCUCGCCUCCUGCCUCCAGCAGGCCGCCCGGCGGGUGGGAGGCGAGGUGCGAGCGCCGCCCGUGCCCGGCACAGCCGCCCCUGGGGCCGCUUGCUUCGAGUGCAGCACAGGGGCGCAGCUUGCGGUGGCGGCUCACUGGGUGGUGGCGGGGCGCUGGGGCGACGCCGAGCUGGUCAGCAUAGCGUGCUCGCCGCCCGCAGACGCCCCCCGCUCGCAGCACGCCGGCCUGGCAGCCGCGGUGCCGCUGGUGCUGUGCGCGCUGCGGCGCGGCCGCCUGGCCUCCCUGCGGCUGCGGCUGCCGGGCGGCGGCGGCGACGACGACGCCCGCCUGGCGCACCUGUGGCAGCGCGCGUGGCAGCACGCGCUGCCCGCGCUGCGGGACCUGCUGGGCAGCAGCGUCCCCCUGCGCGACCUGCGCCUCGCGCUGCCCGGCUGCCUGCGGGACGCCACCGAGGCGUACCUGCGGCAGCUGCAGGCGGCGGCGGCGGCGGCGGCGGCGGCGGUGCGGGCCCAGGUGCUGCUGGGGCUGCACCCGCGGCUGGGGCGCUGCAGCCUGCUGCAGCUGCUCCCGCUGGCGGUGGUGCGCGAGGUUCUGGACCUGGCGGCCCCCCUGCAGCCCUGCGCGGUGCACAUAGAGUGGCUGGACUGA